UACAAGGGGACUGCAGCAAUGAAGUGUGAUCGAUCAUCAAGCCUAAUAGAGGGCUAAUCCUUCACUUGUUUGUUUUGUGGUGUAUUAUUACAUUUUGCACCAUGCCUUCUCUCUUCGCUAGAAACCAGAGGUUCUCAUUGGCUACUCUCCUGCUUCUUCUGGAACUAUUGACAGGAAACCUUCGCAUGGCAGAUGCUCAAAUUGGUGUGUGUUAUGGCAUGCUGGGCAACAAUCUACCGUCAGCAAACGAUGUUAUAGGUCUUUAUAGAUCAAAUAACAUAAAGAGAAUGAGACUCUAUGAUCCUAAUCAAGCUGCUCUAGAAGCACUUAGAAAUUCUGGCAUUGAACUCAUUCUUGGGGUGCCAAACUCUGACCUUCAAGGCCUUGCCACCAAUCCUGACACUUCUCGUCAAUGGGUGCAAAAAAACGUGUUGAACUUUUGGCCUAGUGUCAAAAUCAAGUACGUGGCAGUUGGAAAUGAAGUGAGUCCCGUUGGAGGCUCUUCUUCGGUAGCCCAAUAUGUUCUACCUGCCAUCCAAAAUGUAUACCAAGCAAUAAGAGCUCAAGGCCUUCAUGAUCAAAUCAAGGUUUCAACAUCUAUUGACAUGACCCUAAUAGGAAACUCUUUCCCUCCAUCGCAAGGUUCCUUCAGGGGUGAUGUGAGAUCAUACCUAGAUCCCAUAAUUGGGUACUUGGUAUAUGCAAAUGCACCAUUACUAGUCAAUGUGUACCCUUAUUUUAGUUACACUGGUAACCCCCGUGACAUAUCACUUCCCUAUGCUCUUUUCACAGCACCAAAUGUUGUGGUAUGGGAUGGUCAAUAUGGGUACCAAAAUUUGUUUGAUGCUAUGUUGGAUUCAGUACAUGCAGCCAUUGAUAACACUAAGAUUGGUUAUGUGGAGGUUGUUGUAUCCGAGAGUGGGUGGCCAUCAGAUGGAGGAUUUGCUGCCACUUAUGACAACGCACGCGUGUACUUAGACAAUUUGGUUCGUCGUGCUAAUAGAGGAAGCCCAAGAAGGCCUUCGAAGCCCACUGAGACUUAUAUAUUUGCCAUGUUCGAUGAAAAUCAAAAAAAUCCAGAGAUAGAGAAACAUUUUGGGCUCUUCAAUCCCAACAAACAAAAAAAAUACCCAUUUGGGUUUGGAGGAAAGAGGCUAGGGAAAGUUGUUAUUGACGACUUCAAUGCAACAACUUCCAUUAAGAGUGAUGUGUAAGGUUGGAAUCCUACUCCUCAAAAUCUCUGUUAUUCCACCCAUAAAAUAAGAGAGAAUAUGUUGUUUGUGUGAAAUAUGUAUAUAUCCUUCAGUCUUGGAUGAAUAAAAUUUGUGAAAAGUUGAUAAAGAUGAAGCUAUAUAAUAUGAGACAUUCUCUCCUA